CGGGCGGUCGGGGCUCAGCCCCUCGCUCAGCCGGGGCACCCAGCAGCGCGGCUCGGUGAACGGGGGGCGGCCGGGGCUGGAGGAGCCGCGUCCCGCCCGCUGCAAGGGCUGUAAACCCGGGUGUGGGACCGGCGCUCCCCUGACACGCACCGGCCACCGGCGGGGCUGCGAGGAACGGGACGCCCGCCGUGACUCACACAGGGGCUCCUCGGAAAAGGCAGGGAGAGCUCGGGGGGCUCCCGGCCCCGCUCCCGGGAGGGCACACGGGGGGCUCCCGGGCGGAUCCUGCCCGGACAAGGUGCUGGCAGGGGGGCGGGGCCGCGCGGCUUCGUCGCGGCGCUGUGGCGUCAUCGCGGCGCGACGGGAGCGGAGCUGAGCUGUGGGGGCCGUGUCGUGUCCUGUCGUGUCGUGUCCUGUCGCGGCGGCCGCAGCGAUGCCGGCCAAGAAGUCCUUCCGACGGCGCAGGGAGGACGAGGACGAGGAGGAGGAGGACGAGCAGCUCGCCGAGGAGGUCAGGUUAAAACUUGAGGAAGCCAAAGAAGUUCAGAGCCUCAGAAAGCGACCCAAUGGGGUGAGUGCUGUAGCUCUGCUUGUGGGAGAGAAGUUGCAAGAAGAAGCAACACUUGUGGAUGACCCAUUUAAGAUAAAAUCCGGGGGAAUGGUGGACAUGAAGAAGCUGAAGGAAAGAGGCAAGGACAGGAUUAAUGAAGAGGAGGAUCUGAACUUGGGAACUUCCUUCUCAGCAGAAACCAACAGGCGGGAUGAAGAUGCUGACAUGAUGAAGUACAUUGAGACUGAGCUGAAGAAGAGAAAGGGAAUUGUGGAGAAUGAGGAGCAGAAGGUGAAGCUUAAGAACGCUGAGGACUCUCUGUACGAGCUGCCAGAGAACAUCCGUGUCUCCUCUGCCAAGAAGACUGAGGAGAUGCUGUCCAACCAGAUGCUGAGCGGCAUUCCUGAAGUGGACCUGGGAAUUGAUGCAAAAAUAAAAAACAUCAUCUCAACUGAAGAGGCCAAGGCCAAGCUGCUGGCAGAGCAGCAGAACAAGAAGAAAGACAGCGAAACUUCCUUUGUUCCCACCAACAUGGCUGUUAAUUAUGUGCAGCACAACAGAUUUUAUCAUGAGGAGCUGAACGCACCAGUGCGAAGGAACAAAGAGGAGCCAAAGCCCCGUCCCCUGAGAGUGGGGGAUACUGAGAGACCAGAACCUGAGCGGUCUCCUCCAAAUCGCAAACGUCCCCUCAAUGAAAAAGCCACAGAUGAUUAUCACUAUGAGAAGUUCAAGAAGAUGAACAGGCGAUACUAAUGAACGUGGACUGAAGCCUUUUGAGUUGUUUGGAUUUUCCACUAAUAAAGGAUUUUGUGUCUGUGACCUGCGAUGGAUUUUGAGAAGAGUCACUACCUUCACAUGCUGAUGUUACUUAUGAAGCUUUUCCUGUGUGAUCUUGUAGUGAAUCAGUUUGCAGAUGAUUGUGAACUCUCUGGUCAGUGAAACCUUGUAUAUAACUAUGUUCUUAUAAAUAGUUUUAUAAUGGAAAAUGA